AUGGCUUCGAUCGCAUUCCCUACGCUGGCGAAGAAGGCGACCCUAGCAGAUGGCACGACGUACGGUUACGUCACGGUCGCCCCUGCUUCUGCGUCCAAGCCGACGUUUCUUUUGUUGCAUGGCUACCCAUCAUCGAGCUACGAUUGGCGACACCAGAUCGAGGCCCUCCCAAAGUCUGGCUACGGCGUCCUUGCGCCGGAUCUACUAGGCUAUGGCGAUACCGAUAAGCCGGGCGAUGUCGGAUGUUACCGCAUGAAGACAAUGGCCGGGCACAUGAUCGAGCUGCUUGAUAUCGAGAAAGUGCAGAGCUGCAUUGCUGUGGGUCAUGACUGGGGCGUGGGUUUGCUUUCCCGCCUCCCAACAUAUCAUACGGAUCGCUUUUUGGGCAUCGUGCCCAUCUCAGUGUCUUACUUGGAACCUGGAUUUGUGUUGGACGCUGAUGCAUUCAACGACAUGACAGAAAAUGCGUUUGGAUAUGCGGCCUAUGGAUAUUGGAAGUGGCACAACACCGAGGAGGCGGUCAAGGACUGCGAUGAGAAUCCCGCAUCUGUAUUCUCUUUGUUCUACCCCACCGACCCAGAGCUAUUCAAAACAGAUUUGGGCCCUGUCGGAAAGGCGGCCGCCUUUGUGACCAGUGGCCAAACCACAGCGUCUCCAUCGUGGUACUCCACGGAUGAACAGGCCGUCCGCAGCAAGAUUUUCGACAAGGGCGGCUACCGAGGCCCCUUGAACUGGUACAAAGCAGCCACGCGAGGAGUCAACUCCGCCGACGAAGCUGAAGUCCCACCGGAAAAGAAGCUUUGUCUGCUACCGACUUUGCUCAUCAUCUCUGAGCUUGACUAUGUCGCACGCGCAGACAUGCAAAUCCCAAGGACCAAGGAAUGGUGCCCCAACCUCAGGGUCAAGACACUAGACUGUGGACACUGGAUCCAGUUGGAGAGGCCAGCGGUCGUUAACGCCCUUCUGGAGGAGUUUGCGGCUGAAGUCUGCAAGUGA